AUGUUCCAGGCAAGCAAAACCCACCUGAAUGAACUCCAGAUAAAACGCCUGGAGGAGAUCCUCAUUGUCAUUGACAAGCAGGACCAGAUCAUUGGGGCCGACACCAAGAGGAACUGCCACCUGAUGGAAAACAUCAACAAGGGUCUGCUACACCGAGGCUUCAGUGUGGUCCUCUUCAACACACAAAACCAGCUCUUGGUUCAGCAGAGAGCAGAUGCCAAGUACACUUUUCCUGGACAUUUUACAGAUUCCUGUUCUAGUCACCCUUUAUAUGUGCCUGAGGAGCUGGAAGAGGAGGAUGCCGUGGGAGUGAGGAGGGCGGCCCUGAGACGUCUGCAGGCUGAACUGGGCAUCCCCCAGGACCAGAUUUCCAUAAAGGACAUAACCUUCAUGACCCGAAAAUACCAAAAGUGUCAGUCAGAUGCCGUCUGGGGAGACCAUGAGAUUGGCUAUCUUCUGUUGGUGAGGAAGGACCUUACGCUGAACCCAGAUCCCAGGGAAGUGAGAAGCUACAGCUAUAUGAGCCAGGAGGAUGUGCAGGGGCUACUGGACAGGGAGGCCCGUGGGGCAGAGAAGAUCACCCGAUGGUUCAGAAGCAUGGUAGAAGACUUCCUGUUGCCUUGGUGGCCUUAUUUAGAGGAUGUGUCCCCAUUUGUGGAGCCUGACAAGAUAUAUGGACUUUGA